GAGGUCCUCACAGCUUUGUGCUGCCUGCCCGCGGGCACCUCUCUUGGCCCUGCCCGGCCCGCCCCGCCCACCACGACCCCUGCUGCAGGGGAGCGGAGACCCGGCGGCCGCUGCGGACUCGAGCGAGAUCGACGCAAGGUCAGGGGCGGACGCGCGCUCGGGGCGCCCGUGUGCCGGAUACGCGGCGGGGAAGCCGGCGAGCAGGCUGGAGGGCUCCCUGGAGGAUCCAGAAGUUGCUUCCAUCAUGGCAGAGCUCAAGGUGGAGACCCGGGCCAGCGUGGACUGGCAGAAGCGUUGCCUGGCCCUGGAAACCCAGCUUUUCAGGUUCCGCCUGCAGGCCAGCAAGAUAAGGGAGCUGCUGGCCGACAAGAUGCAGGAGCUGGAGCAGAGGCUGCUGGAAGCAGAGCAGAGAGCAGAGAACGCGGAGACCCAGGUGGGUAUGAUGGAAGAAAAGGUGAAAUUGUCCAAUCUGAAGAAUGUGGACUCAGCAGGCAGUCUGCACCGGAAGUACCAAGAUUUGCUGAAAGCCAUGCAAGGCAAAGAUGAGCUCAUCGGCCAGCUGGAGGCGCAGCUGGAGAAGCAGAAGCAGAUGAGAGCUGAGGAAGCAAAAAUCGUUCAAGAAAAAGCUGCAAAGAUCAAGGAAUGGGUGACGCUGAAAUUAGCAGAGCUUGAGAUGGAGAAUCAGCACCUGAAAAGCUGUAAUCAGCACCUGGUGGAGCAGGUGGGAGCCCUUCAAGAUGCGCUAGAAGCUCUUCAGAUGACACCUUCAGGAAAGCUGCUGGUGGCCCCUCAGGGAACCGUGGAGCAAGAUUCUGUCCCUUCAGGGCCAGGAGCCCAGCCAGUGGGGCAGGACAGUGAUACCCGGGCCCAGAGUCCCCUGAAGGCAGCCAUGCCUGCACCUUCUCCAGGUCCUCCGCAGAGCAAGGACUCUGUUCCUAAAGCAGGAAGCCCCGUGGAGGAUUCUAGUUCCAUCAUGGUCCACCCUGGAGAAAUAUCAGAGACCAAGACCCCUCCAACCCAUCUAGGAAGGCAGGGCUCUCCUGGCCAGCUGUGCGUGAAGCCUCGCACCCCCGGGCAUGGUCUGGUCUCCUGGGGUGAGGGCCUGGUCACUGCUCAGGGAGGGACGCUUCCUGGGACAAAGACCUCUGCCAGGGAAGGUGGCCCCGGCUGCAGCCUGACCCUGCCAAAGGCUCGGGCCUCCAGCACUCCCCGGGACAGCAUCCAGCUGGCCAAGCGGCACCACAGCCAGCCCCAGGCCGGCCCUGGGCACUUCAGCCACGUGGUGAGCAUUGAGAUCGGGGCCCUCUCAGCCCUCCGCCCUGCCAGCCCUCCCAAGGCGGAGGCAGAGCUCCGGGAGGAACCGGAGAAGAUGGAGAUGGAGGAGCAGCCCCCAGCAGGGAAGGAGGAGGCCCCCGGAACAGUGCUGGAGGAAGUGGAUUUGGGGAACAAACCGCCCACACCCCCUCUGCACCGGUUUCCUUCCUGGGAGAGCCGAAUCUACGCGGUGGCCACGUCAGGUAUGCGGCUGUCGGAGGUGUCUGCCAGAAGUAACACCACAUGCUGCGCCUCUAGCCCUCCUGUCCUCGGGUCCCCGGGGCCUUUCUCUGGCCUUGUCUACAAGAAUGUCACCGUGCCUGUCUACACAGCCCUGAAGGGGAGAGCCACACAGAUCAGCACGGUGCCUUUUGUGGACGAGUCCUCUGGGUCUGACGAUGACUGCAGCUCCCAGGCGAGCUUCCGAACUUCAGUGUCCUGCUCUGAGUCCAGAAGGACCAGUGGACUGGGCAGCCCCCGGGCCAUCAAGAGAGGCGUCUCCAUGUCCUCGCUGAGCUCCGAGGGCGACUACGCCAUCCCCCCAGAUGCCUGCUCCCUGGACAGCGACUACUCAGAGCCUGAGCACAAACUACAGCGCACCUCGUCCUACUCCACCGAUGGGCUGAGCCUGGGCGGGGAGUUGCUGGAGAAGUCAGGCUACCUGCUGAAAAUGGGGAGCCGGGUGAAGACAUGGAAGAGGCGCUGGUUUGUCCUGAGACAGGGACAGAUCAUGUACUACAAGUCUCCGAGUGACGUCAUCCGGAAACCUCAAGGUCAAGUGGAACUGAAUUCCCGUUGCCGAAUUGUCCGAGGAGAGGGUGCACAGACAUUCCAGCUCAUCUCUGAGAAGAAAACCUAUUACCUGACGGCCGAUUCACCCAGCCUGCUGGAGGAGUGGAUCCGAGUCCUGCAGAGCCUGCUGAAGGUCCAGACCAUUGGGCCUUCAGCCCUGCCACAGGGUGGCACCAAGCCCACUGUGAAGGGCUGGCUGACCAAGGUCAAGCAUGGGCAUUCCAAGCUGGUCUGGUGUGCUCUUAUCGGAAGAACCUUCUACUACUAUCGAAGCCAUGAGGACAAGCGACCCCUGGGCCGGCUGCCUGUGCGGGACUCGCGCAUAGAGGAAGUGGAUCGAUCCUGUGACUCAGACGAGGACUAUGAGGCCGGAGGAACCGGGCGGUUGCGUUCCUCCCACUGCACCCUGGUGAUCCAUCCCCCGGAGCACAGCCCCACCUACCUCCUCAUUGGCACCAAGCAUGAAAAGGAUACAUGGCUUUACCACCUCACAGUGGCUGCAGGUGGCAGCAGUGCAAAGGUGGGCACGGCUUAUGAGCAGCUCAUUGGAAAGCUGAUGGAUGGUGAGGGAGACCCAGACUCCCCUCUCUGGAGGCACCCCAUGCUGUGCUACAGCAAAGACGGCCUGUACACCUCCCUCACCACGCUGCCCUCCGAGGCCCUGCAGACGGAGGCUCUCAAGCUCUUCAAGUCCUGCCAGCUGUUCAUCAACGUGCCGGUGGAGGCCGCCUCAGUGGACUACCAUGUGUCCCUGGCACAGACAGCACUGCAGGUCUGCCUGGUUCACCCUGAGCUGCAGAGCGAGAUCUACUGCCAGCUCAUGAAGCAGACUAGCUGCCGCCCGCCACAGAAGUACUCCCUUGUGCAGUGCUGGCAGCUCCUGGCUCUGUGCGCCCCGCUUUUCCUGCCUCAGCACCACUUCCUCUGGUACGUCAAACAGCAGCUCCAACGCCAUGCAGACCCCAGAAAUGAAACUGGCCAGUACGCCACGUACUGCCAGCGGGCCGUGGAGCGGACGCUGCAGACCGGGGAGCGGGAGGCCAGGCCGUCACGCAUGGAGGUGGUGUCCAUCCUGCUGAGGAACCCUUUCCACCACUCCUUGCCCUUUAGCAUCCCCGUGCACUUCGCCAACGGGACAUACCAGGUGGUGGGUUUUGACGGCUCGUCCACAGUGGACGAGUUCCUCCAGCGGCUGAACCAGGAGGCGGGCAUGAGGACGUCGUCCCACUCCGGCUUUGCCCUCUUCACAGAUGACCCUUCCGGCCGGGACCUGGAACACUGCCUGCAGGGGAGCGUCAAGAUCUGCGAUGCCAUCUCCAAGUGGGAGCAAGCCCUGAAGGAGCUGCACUCUGGAAAGUCUGAGGGUGGCUCACGUGUCGUGAAGCUGAUAUAUAAGAACAGGCUGUACUUUCGGAGUCAAGUCAAAGGGGAGACAGAGCGAGAGCGGCUGCUGCUGGCCUCCCAGGCUAGCGGAGAGAUAGUGGCGGGGAGGUUUCCUGUCAACAAGGAACUGGCUCUGGAGAUGGCCGCCCUGAUGGCCCAGGUAGAGUAUGGGGACUUGGAGAGGCCCGUCCUGCCAGGCCCUGGGGUCACACCCCCUGCCAAGGCUCAGCAUCUUCUACAGCAGGUCCUAGAUAGGUUCUACCCAAGGCGCUACAGACACGGGGCCCCCCCUGAACAGCUGAGGCACCUGGCAGAUCAGCUGACCACAAAAUGGGCAGCCCUGCAAGGCUGCUCCUCUUCUGAGUGCAUCCGCAUCUACCUGACGGUGGCCCGGAAAUGGCCCUUCUUUGGUGCUAAGCUCUUUGCUGCUCAGCCUGCAGAGCUGUCUUCCAAGGAGAACGCUCCAGUGUGGAUUGCUGUGAACGAGGAUGGUGUCAGCAUCCUGGACCACAACACGAUGCAAGUGCACGUGACUUAUCCCUAUGCUUCGGUGAUGACUUUUGGCGGCUACCGGGAUGACUUCAUGCUUGUGAUUAGAUCCAUUCCAGACCAGGGCUCUGGAAGAAGCCACAUUGAGAAGCUGAUCUUCCGAAUGGCUGCUCCCAAGAUUGCAGAGGUGACCUUCUUCGUGGCCAGCUACAUGAACCACUGCUCCACAGCUGUGAGCCCACCCACUAACCCGCCGGCUGCCUGCCAGCCUUGGGAACUGGAUGCGCGGCACUUCUUCGCUUCUGUUCCCCGCACUGCCAAGGGGCCAACGUUGCUGUGACUGUUUCUCCUGCCCCUUUCCCCACCCCCACCUGGUGCCUCUGGGAUGAGAGAGAUGCAUCCUGGGGUGCGAUGCUACUGUGAUGGGUCUCACAGGCCUCCCCCACCCUCGCCCCUGUUUGUUCUGUGAAGUGUGUAUAUCAGUGUCCAUGGAGCCUUUUACUCUCUAGGUGCCUUAUAACGUUUCAGGGCCAACCUUUACAAAUCCAGACCCAGUAGAAAAACCACUCUUUUUUCCCCUCAAGGAUACUAAGCCCUGGAUGCUGCCUGAUUCUAGACACAGAGAGAGAUGGCCCACCGCUACCGGUUACUGAGGGCAUCAGUGCUCUAGGUCAGGUUUUUGCACUGAUACACUCAGGGAGACCACUCUUUCUUAGCCAGAUAUGGUCCUUAUGUGGGGAUGGAUACUUGAAGUUUUCCCAGCAUCCCUCAACAGGAGAGGACUAAAAUUUCUAAUGCCCCCACUCUGACAAGAGCCUAGAACUCACUAAGACUGGACUUCCUUUCCCACAUGGGGAAGGCGUCGGCAGGGCUGGAGGAGAAGUAGCCUCACGGCCCUCCUUCCCCUACCGCAGAUGAGGAGGCGGCGGCGGCGGCGGCGGGGCCCUUUGGGGACAGCUGCACCGACCUCUGCAGGACGAGGCGCAAGCCGGGCUGAGACCAAAGCUCUUCUCCCUCACCCUGGACUGUCAGCACAAUUGGGUACAAGCAAGCAAGGGCAGGGGGUAGGUCCAAUGGAACCGCUCCCUGUCUCAUCUUAACGACUGCACGGGGCUCGGUGGAGGCUGUGCUUACUACUGUAGGACAAAGUGGUUGUCCCUGCUCUUUGAAAGACCAGCAGAUGCGCUCUGCUUUUUGCUGCUCUGUGAGGCCACCCAAGAUGAGUCAGGAACAGAAGAUCCCUCCAGGCUCGUGGGCCUGGAUUUGCUCCCUCAGGAUUUCCAGCGAACCCGCGCUGGGAACCAGUGUGAGGACAGAGCACUCGUCUGUGUUACCUGCCCUGGCCUAAGAGUGUCAGGCCCCCUGCUGAUACGAAUAUCCCCUCUUCCCUGAGUGAGGCCUUCCGUUGAUUGCAGAGGUGACCCGUCUCCACCCUCCCCUAACAGGAAAAACAAAACGAAAGAGUUCAUUCAUACUCUGAUUUUCCAACACUGGAGAAACUGCAUUUUAUUUCAUAGUUCUAAGGCAGUCUUACCAUUUGUCAAUAAAGGCUGAACAAACGAUAUGGAUUUAGCAGUAGCAUCCAAGAACCAGGCCUUUAACCCCAACAAAGUGUGUGUGUGUUGCACACUGCAAGAACUGCAAGGCUGGAACUGGUUUACUGGAACACCUUAGUGGCUGUAAGCUUCUGCUUUCUCACUCUACACCAACAGGCAUGACGAAAAAAGCAGCACAUCCGAGUGUCGGCCUCUUUUAAACAAACUUGACUUUGCCAGGCUGGCAAUUUUAUAGCUGUCUCCCAUUUCUGUUCCUGCCCUUCCCCCAGGAUUUGGGAUUUAGCUGAGACAUUUCUACCUCAACAGGUGACAUGUCCCAUGUCCCUGCAGGCUCCUGAAUAACCCUUCCAGGGCUGGUAUAAAAGGCAGAAAUUACAGCUCUGGUUUUGUAAGAUCUUGAGUGGCUCUAAAGCAAAUAAGAAUAUUAUCAUCUACCCAGGAAUUAAAAAAAAAAAAAAAUCCCAAAGAAAAAGUAAGCAAGACUGGAGCUGUGUUCAUAUUGAAUUUGGGGAUCCAGCUAUUCCCCCCGCCCCAUCUUCUUCCCAGCCCUUCAGGAAUCCUGCCCUAAUUCGUUAAUUUUACACAGAAGAAACUGCCAUGUAAACAGAGGCUUCUGUAGUACACGUCUGGCCUUUAACAUGUCUGGAAACCAGAGUCAAAUUUCUGUCUGGCUUUUUGUCUCAUCCCUCUUGGCAAAAAGUUUUUGAAACCAUAGACAAUGCUGAGUAACGAGAGUAUUAAUGUGCUUAACCCCCGUGACUGAAAUGCCAUGAUCAAGUCUGUCAAUAAAAAGCAGCUGCCUGAA